AGAUGCUAUAGCGCGUUAUUGCUGUCGUUGUUGGCCGGUGUAAAUUAGCAAGUCUUUGCAGACCAGCACAACAACAACAACAACAAUGUGAAAGUCAGUUGGCGAACUAGCGCUAUUAUACAUUUCCUAACGUCCAAAGCUCCAUCACUUCGAGUUCUCAUUUCACAGCGUUGACAUGUUAAUGCAUUAAGCAAUAAUAACAUUGACUAAGUACCGUCAAACAAGCGGAAAAAAAAAGUUAACAAUGGCCGAGCACCCUUCAUUUACUUUGGCCGGCCUUUUGGCCGUGGGAGGCACAAUGGGAUACGUGAAAACCCGCUCCACACCAUCUCUCGUUGCAGGACUUGGACUUGGUGCAUCUUAUGCGUUCGCCGGCUACCUGAUCAAGGGUAACAAGGACUACGGAACCGAGCUGGCUCUCGGUAACAGCAUCGCUCUUCUUGGUUCUGCGGUUCCUCGUAUCAUCAAGACUGGUGGACGUGCCCCGGUCCCCGUAGGCCUCGGAAUUGCUGGUGCUCUUGCGACCUAUUACUACCAGAAGAAAGUUAGAGAGUUCCGGUUUGGAGUCUAGAUUCUCUCUGUGGGAGCAGUGUUUGGCGCACGCAUCUCAUGGUCCACCGCGUACAGGCUGUGCUCUACGCCUUUAUGCAUGUGACCUUGGCGG